ACUUCAGCGUUCUGAGCGGUUAGUAGCGUUCUCGGUCGCGUCGCUGGCAGUGCAGAUGAGGCGAGUCCACGCAUAAUGAGAGUGUGGCGUAUACAGUGACACACAACAAACACACCUGUAAUUCUCACACACGGAAGAGCGCGAGACGCAAUGAAACAUGUCGUGACAGUAAACAGCUAAAGUUUUAGCGUCAUAAUCACCUGUGAAUGUUGCGUUUGGUCGCUUCACUGCGCGUCGCGUUCAUUAGAUAGUGAAGAUGAGAGUUGUGUUGAGUUUCGUCUGCGCAGCUGUCGUGCUCUCACCGGUUUGGUGUGAGUCUUCUGACAGUGAAAGGACUCAUCGUGGAGACUUUGUGCAGUUUGAACAAGCUCCUGCUACAGUAAUGGACAAGUGCAGUGUACAGGUCCAGUAUAACUGCUCUGCUGCCUGCCGAAUCGGUGUCGAAAUUGUGAUCUCCACCCCAACAAGGACAGGAAUGAUAGUCUACAGACGGACCUGGACAACCAUAAGAGAUUUGGAAAUCCCAGAUCCAGAAAGGUUGCCUCUGGUGUUUCCUCCAGCUGUGCUGUACCAGAGAGACUUUUUUGUCAGGCAGCCAUUGGAGACGUGUGAUGUGCUGCUGAGGGCCUGGCUGCUUCAUCUGGAGGAAGAGAAACUUGGUGGCAACCAAGGAUAUAACCAAUCUCUUGUGAGAACGUCUACCUUUUUGAGGACACUACCUGCAUCUCAUCGUCCAGCAUAUCCACAGACAAGUUCGGUCUCAUGGGGCGCAUGGCUGAUGUGGCAGCUGACCAAAGAUACUGUGAGAAAAUGUCCACAUGAGUCAGAUACUGUGGAUAUCCUUACUUUUCCAUUUGCGAGUACUGGUGAGAGGUUUGGGGUGAUAUACACGUUCUCCCCCUUCAAAAACAGAGAUCUAGAAAGGAGACGCAGCCUCGGUCUCAAACAGCCAAGCACGGCCCUGUCAUUGUGGCUCUACUUGCUGAGCUGGUGCAGCCAGUCGGUGUGUGGGAUAGUCAAACAUGUUAAUGAACACAGGAAAUAUGGAAGCCCGCUUGUUAUGCUGUCUGACACAGGCAAUAUAGUGCUGCAGGUGCAAAUGGUAAAUGGAGAAGAACAGGCGUUUACAGCACACACAGGAUUACCCCUCCAUACCUGGAUCCGUUUGGAUAUCUUCUUUCAGGUGUCAAAGGCAAAACUCAUAAUCACAAAGGUCUUACCUGCAGGACAGACAUCAGAGAGCAUUCAUUUUUUUGAUUUUCAUCAUCCUGUUAAAUUCAAUGACACAUCAGGAUAUUUUGUGAUUGGUGGAUGCAACUACAUGAAGGGGUUUCAUGGGUAUUUUGGGCCAAUCAGAUAUUAUCGUUUGGGCACAGAAAAGGUGAAAAACCCCCUGUCCCCUGUCAGGACGCUAAAAGAGCUGGACCGACUCCACAGACACUGUGAGGAAAUGCAACAGGUUACUGAGCACUAUCUGGAGGCAUUGAGACAGAACCGAGACAUCUCUAAAGAUGUUUGUGAGUCUUAUUAUGGAGACCUUAAGAGGAAGUUUGGUCGUAGGGAAUGCACACAAACUUGGUCGUGGGACCAGCAAAGAAGAUUCAACAUCACCCUUAAGCUUCUAGAAGACCACCAGGACUUCAUAACAGGUCUGGAGAGCAGUGGUGGACAUUUGUUACAUCUAAGCCAAGUGAUUUUCCAGGAUGCAGUAAAGACAAUAAGAAAAGCAGAAGAAUCUGACGGUGGCCUGGAUCUCAUGUCAACUAUCAUUGAGCAGCUUCAGGUGUCCUCCUGCUGGGGUCACCAGCACUCCUCUCUCCUGCUCGCUACCCUACACCUGGCUGGCCUGGGCAUCUCUGUGGACCUGGAGCAGGGUCAUGUUUAUAGUUUGAUGGGCGGGGUCUCUGAUGACCGACUCGCUCUGAUGCAUUUGGGAUACAAGCACAUGCAGGGACUUGACGGUUUCCCCAAAGACCAGAAUACAGCAUAUGGCUACUACGCCAACAUUGGCAAACAGACCAGCAUUGACCGCGAAAAAGUACAAGACUCUUGGCAAACUCCCACAGAACAUGUUCAUUUAAGCAAUGACGACGAGCUCAAUACCCAAAUGGGUGAACUAGGUGACAUUGUGCAGUAUUUGAAACACCAGGCCAACAGAGGAGAUGUAGAAUCUCAGAAAUCUUUGGCCAGGAUGCAUCUUUGGGGCAGUAACGGGGUGGAGAAAGAUGUUCGAACAGCGGCCAUGUGGUAUGCCAGGAGCGCCCUGCAGAUGGUUGAUCCCACGGCCAUGUACGACUACGCCAUUCUCCUCCUGAAGGGAACAGGAGUGAAGAAGAACCGAACACUUGGUCUUGAGCUUUUGGAGAAAGCUGCUGAUAUGGGUUCUGUAGAAGCUCUGAAUGGACUUGGAUGGUACUACAGUACCAUAGUAAAGGAUGGAAGAAGGGCCAUUCAAUAUUUUGAGUUGGCGGCUCAGAACGGCAGUCGUGAUGGGCUCUUCAAUGUUGGAGUGUACCAGUUAAAUGGUGCCAGUCCUGACAAACCAGACAGGAAUGAGACUGCUGCGUUCCACUACUUUUUGCGUGCGGCUCAGUUGGGUCAUGUGGACGCUGCUGUGGAGUCGGCAUCAUUUCUCUCCACUGGAACUGUACAAGGAGUGCCGAGAGAUCAAGACAAAGCUGUGCUGCUGUUGAAGCAAGUCAGUGAGACGAAUGGCCACCUGGGCUUCAUGGUUAAAAAAGCUCUUCAGACUUAUCAAAGAGGAUCAUGGGAUGAAGCGUUGGUGAAAUAUGCCAUGCUAGCAGAAACUGGUCUCAGUGUGGCACAACACAAUGCCGCCCAUCUGUGUGAGGUGUUAGGCCACAGUUCUGCCUGUCAGUGGAGAUAUCACAACUACUCCACCUACAAUCACAUCCCUCAUGAAGCUGGUUUGUUGCUAAUGGGAGAUUAUUACUGCAAACUGGCUGAUAUGGCGAAGGCCAUGUACAUGUACAGUACAGCAGCAGCGCAUGGCAGUCCUCAGGGACUCUUUAAUCUGGCCAUGUUAAUUGAAGAAGGUUAUGAAGUUCCGGACAUAAUUCUAGAUCAGAUGGGAAUCUCAGCCGCACACAAUGGGAGCCGGAGCGUUGUUGUGGAAAAUCUAUUAUCCAGAUGCCGGGAGUUUGAGGAGGGGGACAUGACUCCCUGUUCUUUAGUCCUGUGGAGGAUCCAGUUAAUCCAAGCAUGGAGAGAUUUCACACACAGCUCUGUUCAACUGCCGCUGGCCUGUGGGAUUGUCGCCAUAUUCAGCGUUUUUGUAAUCACUGUGCUAUUACGAACUCUUCUGGCUUUCCUGUCAACCAACCAAUCAUCAGGGAGACAUGGUGAACCAGCAGCUGGCGGGCAAGAAAUCAGGGACAGUCCACUGGAGAUCAGCCUACAUCAGCAGCAAAGUUACUGGCCUACAGUGGCCCACAACAGCCAUUCACUGCAGGAGACAUCUGAUUUAGUCGUCACAGUGACCGGAGUGUGUGUGUGUGUCAUCUUUACGAUGUUCAUUUCCCAUCUGCUUUGAACACUCGAUCUACAUGCUUUACUUAAGGGUAAUGCACAGGAAUUGCACCAGUAUAAAUGAAUUCGCUCUGGAUGAAGGCUUUUUGGUAGCCUAUGUUGUUUGCACUCAGAUUGAUCUAUUUUUAUUAUUUAGGUAAAAUUCUGUUUGAAUACUAGAAUGUUUGCGGUGCAAAUAAAUGUCACUUGAUA